AGUUUAUUUUCGGUGAUUGUGUGCGACGGUUUGAUAUUGGGAGAGUGCUAUAAAAAUACUUAUCUCCUACAGUUCAGUCGGGGACGACAAACAUCACGAAAAAAAUAUAAUUAAAAAAUUGAUAAGCGAAUAUUUUGUUAGUUUCACAAACAAGAAAAUUCCAAUCUGCUUAAAAAAUAUUUUAAUGAAGUAGAUGGAUUUUAGUGAAUAUAUGAAUUUAGUGAAACUUUAAAGCUACUUUUAUCAGUUGAUUAUAAUUGUUGUUCAUGAGGAAAAAUAGUUUCAAUUGUUUGUACGGUACUCAACAAGGAAAACACUUUAAAAAUCAAUUCCGUGGCAACGGAAUAACAAAAACAAAAUAUCCGAGGCAGCAAAUACACACGAAAGCAUUUCUUGAGUGAGUCAAAUUACAGGAAUUUAAUUGUCUCUGCAUAUAAAAUAUUUUGUUACGUUUUGUGCAUUGCCUUUGUGAAUCAUUUCCUAAUUUUCACUGUACUCGAAAUAUUUUAAGUUCAAAUAUCAAGCAUGGCUUUAAAAUUUAGAAACAUUUUCCAUCCGGAAGCUGCAUUAAUCAAGCAAGAUGAUGAUGCGAUCAUUAAGAGAUUUUCCAAGCUUUUCCCAAAGCUUGUUGAUAAAAUGGCUGCAGCAAAAUUAUCCGAGUCGGCAAUUGAAAGUAAAAUCACUUACGAUUUGAUCACAGAAGAUGACAAAGAACAAGUUUUGAAAUUAUUGAAAGCAACUUUCUUCCAGGAUGAACCGUUAAACCGUUGCGUGGAGCUUGGAGAAUGUAAAGACUUGGAAAUUUAUUGUACAAAAAGUAUUUCUGAUGGCUGUUCGUAUAAAGCCGUAAAUGGUGAUGGUGAGAUUAUUGGAGUGUUCCUGAAUGGCAUCAUUAAAAAACCUACAGCAGACAUGACACCAUGCAGUCUCGCUUCCAGUACUGACCACCCAAAGUUCAAAAAAAUUAUGAGUCUGAUGGAUUAUGUUGACUCAAAAUUUAAUAUUUUCGCUCUCUAUCCUGAUAUUGAUUUAUUUGUUGAUGGCAAAAUUCUUGCUGUCGAUUCAAAGUAUCGUGGUCAUGGCAUUGCCGGUCACCUUACAGACAAAACUAUUGAAAACUUGCGACUUCGUAAAAUCCCAAUCUUCAGCAUUCUCUGUUCAAGUCACUUCUCGGCGAGAGUUUGUGAAAAGAUGGGAUUUGAAGAAGUCUUUCAACUACCAUUUGAAGAUUUUGUUGACGAUGAAGGGAAACCAGUUUUGUGUCCUGAAAAGCCGCACGUUUCAGUUCGAAUUUUCAUAAGAAAAAUUCUCCAGUAGAAAUAUUUAAGUCGAUAUGUCAAUUAAAUUAUUCAUCAUCAUUGCUUGAGAUUGAUCAUAAAAAUUCAAGUACAUAAACAUUAAUUAUGUUAAUCAACAUUCAAUGUGAUUAGAAUUUAUCAAAGAAGUGCAAAUGCACAAUUUUGUUCAUAUUCCAGCAUCACUAAAAGAUGUAACAAAUUAUUUUUAUUCUUGCUUGGAGAUAUUAUUUAAAAGAAAAGUGUCAACUGGUUUAAUGAAAUAAAGAAAACAUAUUAAAGUAAAACGAAAA